AUGCUUAGCAAGAACCCCUCUGGAACUCUCAACGUUACUAUCAUCGAAGGCCGUAAGCUCAAGGGUCAAGACAUGAUCGGUAAGAACGAUCCCUAUGUUGAAUUGUGGAUUGAUGACGACUACAAGCAAAAGACCACCGUUAUCAGCAAUACCAAUGAUCCUGUCUGGAACCAAACCUUCACUUUCAACUUGGGUGAAUCCCGUAAGCACAAACUCUACAUCAAGGUCAUGGACAAGGAUACGAUUGGCUCUGACAAGAUUGGCGAUACCACUUUUGACUUUGAGGAAGCCUUCUCUGGUGCCCCUAUUGAUACUUGGAUUAAGUUGCCCGCCAAGUUGGGUUUGACUAGCCAUGGUGAGAUUCACAUCUACAUGCAAUUCUUCCCCACCCCAUAA